CGCAGCGGCAGUAGUGCGAACCAUGGGAGGAGGCUGGUGGUGGGCUCGGGCCGCCCGCCUGGCCCGUCUCCGCUUCCGGAGGUCGCUACUGCCGCCUCAGCGGCCCCGGAGCGGGGGCUCCCGGGGGUCCUUUGCCCCUGGCCACGGCCCCCGCGCCGGGGCUUCGCCGCCCCCGGUGUCCGAGCUGGACCGUGCAGACGCCUGGCUCCUCCGGAAGGCGCACGAGACAGCCUUCCUCUCCUGGUUUCGAAAUGGCCUCCUGGCAUCGGGCAUCGGGGUCAUCUCCUUCAUGCAGAGUGACAUGGGUCGGGAGGCAGCCUAUGGCUUCUUCCUGCUGGGCGGCCUGUGCGUGGUGUGGGGCAGCGCCUCGUACACAGUGGGCCUGGCAGCGCUGCGGGGACCCAUGCAGCUGACGCUGGGGGGCGCGGCCGCGGGCGUGGGUGCCGUGCUGGCCGCCAGCCUGCUCUGGGCGUGCGCCGUGGGCCUCUACAUGGGGCAGCUGGAGCUGGACGUGGAGCUGGUGCCCGAGGACGACGGGGCGGCCUCCGCGGAAGGCCCUGACGAUGCGGGCCGGCCACCACCUGAGUGAGCCACACGGCCGCGGGGCCUGGCAGGCGCUGGACGGCGGUGCCCGAGGACUGGGACAUUAAAACCUGACCUCCCCUCCUCCA